AUGGAAAAUAAUGUUACAGAAUUUAUCCUCACAGGUCUUUCCCAAAACGAGGACGUGCAACAACUAUGUUUCUUUUUAUUCUUACUCUGUUAUAUUAUUCUCAUGACUGGAAAUUUUCUCAUUAUAAUAACUAUCCAAAGAAGCCCAAAUCUCAAUUCUCCAAUGUACUUCUUCCUUAGCUUUCUAUCCUUUGUCGACAUCUGCUAUUCCUCUGUUACAGCCCCCAAGUUGAUUAUUGACUUUCAAGCCAAGGUCAAAAACAUCUCUUUUGUUGGUUGUAUGAUCCAGCUUUUUUGUGUUCAUUUAUUUGGCUGUACAGAGAUCUUUACCCUCACAGUGAUGGCCUAUGACAGGUAUGUGGCCAUCUGUAAACCUCUACUCUAUACAACCAUCAUGGACUGGAAGGUCUGCUCCAUGCUGGUGGUGACCUGUUGGUUGGGAGGUUUUGUGCAUUCCUUUAUCCAGACCAUCCUUACUGUACAACUGCCAUUCUGUGGCCCCAACCUGAUUGACCACUACUUCUGUGAUGUCCAUCCACUACUGAAGCUGGCUUGUGCAGAUACAUACGUGGUGGGGCUUAUAGUGGUAGCCAACAGUGGCAUGAUUUCUCUGAGCUCUUUUGUCAUCCUUGUGGGCUCUUACACUAUUAUUUUGCUUUCCUUUAAGACUCGCUCAUCAGAGGGGAGGCGCAAGGCCCUGUCCACAUGUGCUUCUCACAUCACUGUGGUGAUAUUGCUUUUUAUCCCCUGUAUCUUCAUCUACCUAAGGCCUUCCACCACUUUUACUGAGGACAAGAUGGUGGCUGUGUUUUACACCAUCAUCACACCCAUGCUGAACCCUCUGAUCUACACAUUGAGAAACAUGGAGGUGAAAAAUGCCAUGAAGAGAUUGUGGAUCAAGAAAUCAUUGGGCAAAAAUAGGAAAAAUCCUGAUGUGAAGACUGAUGGGACUGGUGCAGCCUCCACUGUACGAGUUUCCAAAAGUGUUGCUGGGAAUAAGUCAGUCCAUGUCCCUUAA